AUGGUCUACUCCUUCUACAUCUGUGAGAUAUUCAAGCACCAGUUUAUUACGCCUGACCUCGAGCAGAACGACGGCGCUUCGUUGAUCCUCCAGAAUCUGGAAUAUUUCGACUCAUUCGUGCCUGUAGCCAGCAUCAUCAAAUUUCUGAUCUACAUGGGCUGGUUUAAAGUGGGUUUGAGUUUGAUCAAUCCCCUGCGCGAGGAUCAGAGUAAUUUCCCGAUGGAAGAGAUUCUGGAGUUCAACUUGAAGAUUUCAAAGAAAAUGGCUCUUUGCCCGGAAACCAUGAUGCUAGCCUCACUUCAGGCCGACGAAGUCGUAUUCAGUACAGCCUUAAAGCAGGAACAGGAAGAAGCCGAAGUAGUGGUACAAGAGGCCGUGGAGACGGAGAACGAAGCAGCGUGUGAGCGCCAUACCAACCCGAUUGCUGCGUCUAUCCGCCGACGAUUCGUCACCAGCCUUCGCGUGGCCUCGUCCAGGCCGACCUCGCAGGCCAACGAAUCCGAGCUUUUUCUCACCAACAUGACCAACAACGAGAAGAACAUGAACGUAGAAGUCUAA